AUGCCUAAUCCCUACUCCUCACUCCUCUUAAAGAUAGGAUGCAAACUGUUCCAACCCCCACCUCUCAUGGGUUAUAAGAAUCCAGGAGGCCUGUACGAUAAUUCAUCGUUUAAACAGUGUGUAGGUGGGAUAACUGGAUAUAUAGAUAGAGUUAUUUUGACUCCCAAGCACAUGUACCAACAUCCUACAUUUAAAGAAUUAUAUAUGACCGAUAUUCCUUUCGACCCUGAGGGAAUACUGGGAACUUUUUCAGCUACAAUUUUAGCCUAUAUUGGAGCACGAGCUGCCAAAGUAUUCGUAUUAUACAACAAAUCCCAAAAUUAUAACUCGAUCAUGAAAAUAUGGGGCUUAUCAGCUUGCAUAAUGGGUUUUAUUGGCGGAUUAUUGUGCAAUUUUACCGUGGAAGAAGGUUGGAUUCCAAUCAACAAAAAUUUAUGGUCUUUGUCUUAUAACUUUGUCACCGCAUCCUUAUCUUUUCUACUUAUAUUGGUUUGCUUUUUCCUAAUUCACGUUUUAAAAUGGUGGGAUGGAACACCGUUUCAAUAUGUCGGCCAACGGUAUCAGCGUGAUCGCUAAAGGGGGACCUCUCCCUUAGAGCGCCCUAAAUCAAG